AUGCUAAAACAAUAUCGUGACACUAAAAUCCUGUGGAUUGAUACAAGUAAAUUAUCCAACUCGCCAUCUUACUUAACAUAUAACAAAAAAACACAAAGACACCACCACCACGAUCUCUUGAUGGCCAGCCUAUGGCGAGCGGUGAUGGGCGAUUCGCCACCCAACGUCGAUGAUUACGACGGCGUCGAGUACUGGGCAAACCCCGAGCGAACCGGCUGGCUCACCAAGCAAGGCGAGUACAUCAAGACCUGGCGCCGCCGUUGGUUCGUUUUGAAACAAGGCAAACUCUUCUGGUUCAAGGAGGGCAUCGUAACCCGCGGAUCACGUCCCCGUGGCGUCGUACCAGUCGCCACCUGCCUCACAGUCAAAGGAGCCGAAGAUGUCCUCAACAAGCAAUUCGCUUUCGAGCUAUCUACCCGAUCCGAUACUAUGUACUUCAUCGCCGAUUCUGAAAAGGAGAAGGAGGAUUGGAUCAAUUCAAUUGGACGCUCAAUUGUUCAGCACUCGAGGUCUGUUACUGAUAACGAGAUCGUUGAUUAUGAUAGCAACAGAUAA